CAGACGUCAACCAUGAGACGCUGGUCACCUGCGGCAGAUGCCGGAGGAUCCAGCGGCGUUAGAUCCAUGAAGAGUAACUCGUGACAGAAGUUUUUCUUUCUUUGAAAGGAAAAUGAUUAUUAGGGUUUUGUUGGCAUUCAUAGCUGUCCUCCGGUUUGCCGUAGCAUACCCACAGCCUGGCAUCAGGUUAGGCCGGUCCAGUUCCUGCAGAGAAGAUACGGAGUACCAACACGGCAGCAUCUGCUGUUUAAAAUGUGAAGCCGGUCAGUAUGUGCGAACCCCAUGCACUGAAGCAGGAAAGAAAGGAACCUGUGAAGAAUGUGACUAUGGAACAUUCACUGAGCACGCAAACGGACUGAAACAAUGCAUCAAGUGCACCCUGUGCCCCCCGGAUCAGGAAAUAGUAACGGCAUGCACUCACACCCAGGAUACUGUGUGCCGGUGCAAGCCAGGCAAAUACUGCCAUCCAGACGAAGCAUGUGAAAUAUGCAAGAAGUGUUCGAGGUGUAAAAGUGAUGAGGAGAUUGUGAAGAACUGCACAUCUACCAGUAACACUGAGUGCAAGAAAAGCCAGCCCAAAUCUGCCUCAGAUGAAGCAACUGGUCUGAUUGCUGGAUUGACUGUGCCAUUUGUAGUCAUUUUUGUUAGUUUGAUAAUAACAGCAAUUACCAUCUGGAAGAAGAAAAUAAGAACGGCAGACUCCGGCGGUUUGAAACAGGAAUAUGCUUCAGUAAACACGGAGCCCAGCCCAAAUCCAACUGUCCACAAGUCACUGGUAAUCUCCAAAUUUAGACAUCGAUUGGAGGAAGAGAGUAUAAAACUGUGUGACAGCAAUACCAGCUCUGCUAGCAGCUCUCAGCACAACCUAACUGGCCCAUUCCUCCCCGCCCCCGCUGCAUCGCUCUCCUGGGAAGACCCCAUCAGGAGGGAAGAAGAGCCAUUCCCCAACCUUGUUCCUGCGAAUGGUGUUGAAUCUCUCAAGAAAUGCUUUGAGUUUUUUGAAGAACUCAACGUUGACUUUUACAAGAGGUUCUUCCGUCAGCUCGGCUUGAAUGACAACAUGAUCAAAAGCAGAGAUCACCUACAAUAUGAAGACCGAAUCCAUGAUCUACUGAAUGACUGGGUGGAGAAAGAGGGCAAAGAUGCCAGUUUAAAUGACCUGCUGAGAGCCUUACUGGAUUUAAACCAAAGAAGAACAGCAGAGACAAUCAUGCAGAAAGCUAUUCAACGUGGUUAUUACCACUUAGCGAAUUUAUCUCUGGGAGUUAUUUAAUAUAAAAUCUGUGAGGUCUUUAUUGUUAAAAGUUUACAUAUCAUCACUACCAAUCACUUUAGUGUUGAAGUCAUGGAGAAACGUUUUAUCAAAGACAAGCUUGUGUGCAGGUCACAUCUUCAUUUUACCUGGUUUACAUUACCUGUUUUAGCUUGUUCUACCUAGUACCACCAUUCCACACACGAAUCACCAAGACAGUCAAGAUUUCAGUAUUCUUAGUUGAAUCGUAAUAACUUCAUGAACUGAUUCAUAUUUUAUUUUUAUUUCUUGCAAUUCUUGAGCCAUCUGGAAGUCUCAAAUCCAAAAAAUCUGUCAAUUCAUAAGAAAUUUGUAGGUCAUUCUUAGGUAUCAGAACAGAUUUCUUACUGAUUCUUGGGCAUUUCUAUGUGUUCUUAACCCAAUGGUAGGCUUCAUGAAGCAUUGUCUUCAUCACUCAGGGCCAUUGUACUCCCUAAAACUGCCCAAGUCUCUCUUCUGCCCCUGGAAAAAAAAUGAAAAACUUAAAAAUAAGGAAGAUAAUAAAAGAAAAUAAAAAAAUUAAUACAUAUUUUUAUUUAAUUGGCUAAACAGUCACCUUAUUUAAAAAGUCAUAAUUCAAAUAACAUUAUCUCCUGCUAGUCCCUCAUCACUUUAUUAUAUCUUGAUGGAAAAUCCCAUGAAUUGUCAGGAAUAGUAACAACUUCAAAUUGAAUGGUACCUGAUUCUUAGAUGCAAAGGGAAUGUUAACUGAUUUCCAAUGUUCGUGCUGUGUCCCAAAGAUCCUCAUGAAUCCUAAAAUUUAGCAAUUUGUGUCAAUCCCUAUUAUUGGUGGCCUGUGUGGAAUAGUAGCUUAAUGGGGCAGAGGUUCUCGGAGUAGAACAAGUACAACUAAUGCCUAACAAACAUUGAUCAUAGUGUUACCGGUCAGAUUACUAAAGUAAAAUGCAACCUGUAAAAAGAGAAGUAAUUUAUAGGUGAAUACUUAAUCUGCUUUACCUGAAAAAAAUACAUUGUUACCCAGAUUGGAAAUUCUGGCUCUUUUUUUAUGUUUUCUGAGUGGCAUGCAUUCCCAGACUGAAAUGAAUGGUGUCUACAUAAGGAUUUCUUUACUGUUAUUUUUGUCUGAUGUUCAUUACGUUCAAUUUUUAUAUUACAGAAACUAACCUGGUGGAUAAGGUUUCAAGGUAUCCGUAAAAAUUCAUGUAAGUGUCUUCAAACUCAAAAUCCAAAGUGUUUAUGCACUAAAAGCAUGUUUAAUUUAUUAUAAAGGAGAAGAGUUUAAAUCGGAAUUUGCCCUUGUAAUAUGUGUUGAAUAUUUUCCCGGUCAGGAAAUGGACAGUUUGCGUUUUGUGAUUUUACAUAUUGUCCUCAAGGGGAGAACAGAAAAACUGUUUAGAGGAGCGAUCCUGAUUUUGUUUGAUUUUAAUAUUAGAUUCCUGUGUGCCAAAGCUCAAACUAUAUUGUUUUUUCUCAUUCACUUUUUUUUCUAUGAAAUGUCAUGUGUUGUGUGACUUCCAGCUUGGUCAUGUUUGGACCUGUCUGUUUGGAUGUCUGCUUGGUUCUGUUGUUAGAGAUUUUUUUUAUUUGCAUGUCGCCUGUUUCGGUCCUGAUAACUUCCUGUUCAUCUGCAGUUCAGCUCAUUUCGAUUUAAAGAUGAAUUCAACAGAAAUAACUCUAUUCUCUUCUGUUUGUUUUUCAUUUCAUAUUAAAAUCUUCUUGUAGUAGGGGUAAAUCUGUGUUCAGUGAUACGAACAUGUGUCCUUUACACAGUAUACUCUGUUUAUUUAAAAAUGUGAUUCGGCCUGUCAGCUGGCUUCCUCAGUGAGCCUCACCCUUCUUACUGAACAGCAAACUGGUUUAUCUUCAACCACUGACGCAAGAUAACAUCAUCAACUACAAGAUGAGCAGUUCAGUGUCAUGAUGAUAAAAUGGAAGGUUUUGUCCCAUAAGGGAAAUUCUUUUACAUAAACAGUGUUUAUAUGUAUGAUUAGAAGUUGAAAUGUUCUCAUUUACAUUAACAUUAUUCCUGUUAAUUAGGUGGUAAAAUUCAAAGAAAUGUUUUUGGUAAAAAGUUGCAUAAAAACAAUAAAACUUACAUAAUUAAAAA